CAAAAGUUAUUUUAGUGCAAGUUCUUCUAAUUUCUACAGUUACUCCAGAUUUUAGAAUGUCUUCCGAAGACUUUUCGUCAGUAUGAGCUCAAUAUGUCAGAGAGUAUCACAGCUGACCCUGGGUUCUGUACGGUGACCUCGUGGAUUCAGCUGGGCUAUGGCUUGUGGGUGAGCCUCACCAUGGUGGGCAUUGGCUUGGCGUUUGGCUUCCCAGCUGUGACCAUACCGCAGUUGAACGAAGCGAAUUCGACGAUUACAAUCACUACGAGUGAUGAGAGUUGGAUAGCCAGUGUUUUGACCCUGGCCGCGCCAGCUGGGUGCCUUGUGUGUGGCUACAUGAUGGAUACGCUAGGAAGAAAGCUGAUCCUGAUCAUUUGCCAACUGCCUUUGUGUGUUGGCUGGCUGUUGACAGGAUUUGCUGCUGACGCCAAGCAAAUCAUCAUAGGACGUAUAAUAACAGGGCUAGGGAUCGGUAUGUCAAUGGGUGCGCCAAGGAUCUACGUCACGGAGAUAUCGUUGCCGAACAUGCGUGGGACGGUCGGGGCCCUCCCUAACCUGGCUAUGUCUAUGGGCUUAACAAUACUGGCAGCAUUUGGAGCCUUCCUGAAAUGGACUACAAUAUGCUACGUUUGCGGAGCGUAUUCAUUAUUCCUCUUCUUAUUCAACAUGUUGCUACCCGAAACUCCAUAUUUCGUGCUCCUCAAAGGCACAGAAGAAAACGCCAGAAAAACCUUAAAAUGGUUCAGAUCAAAGAAAUAUAAGGUGGACAGGGAAAUUAAUGAUCUAAUGGAAUACAAGACGGUGAACAACAUUCGUAGAUUACAGUUUAAAGAAGAGUUAUGCCUUUUGUUCACUAAAGGAGUGUGCAGACCAUUCUGGAUUGUAUUCGUUUAUAUUUUACUAUCACAGAUUUCAGGAGUUACAAUCAUUUUCAUGUGGACCAUAGAACUUAUUGAGGGAUCUAACUCGUCAGUUGACGCCAACUUGGGCAACUUUGCAAUGGGCAUGACAAGGUUUAUUACUGGAAUCUUUUCUUCGUUGAUGUUGUACAGAAUUGGAAGGAAACCUCAGGCGUUGAUAUCAAGUGUCGGUGUAGGCUUGUCUUUCAUAGCUCUGGGCUCGUACAUCCACUCCAAGAGUCCGCCCAGCGUCAUUCCCGUGGUGUGCUACGUGUCCACCGUCAUGUUCGCCACCCUCGGCUACUAUACCAUACCACUUCUGAUCAUGUACGAGCUGUAUCCAUUGCAGGUGCGUGGAUUAUUGGGUGGCAUCACAGUGUCGUUGUUGAAUUUCAUGAUAUUUGGAGUGAAUAAAUUGUAUCCAUAUUUACGAAAUCUAAUCGGAAUCGCUAAUAUAACUUUAUGCUUUGGAACAUCUUCUUUAUUAGGCAGCAUCUACCUCUACUUCUACUUGCCAGAGACAAAAGGUCUGACGCUCCAAGAAAUAGAGGAAUACUUCAAUGAUCGUCGCGCCACUCUAGUGUCACAGCGCCACGUGAUUGCCGCACAACUUAGCCAGGGGUCUUCGUCAAAGAAUGUAGACAGAAGCGCGACCAAGUCACAAGAUAUGAAGAAGAAAAAAUCGGAGAACAAAUCAGAACAGGACAAAUCAGAUGUACUGCAGUUGAGGAAGAAAAAGAAAGACAGACAGAGUGAAGGGUCUACAAGUGCUUCAAAGGAUGAGAGAGAAUAAUCGAAAUUAUGGUAUAGUUAAAUUAAUGUGGUAAAGCAAUAUUUCUAAAGGAGUUAAGGAACAGACGGGAAGGUUUUUUAUGAAAAUAUGUCUUGUUGUACGAGUAAAUAUGUAUAAAGAAA